AUGAGAGUCCUGUCUCUUCUUGACAUUGAUGAAAACCGCUCUCCAUCGGGUUGCCUUCAGCUGGAAAGCUUCCCUCAGAAGAAUGCACUGAUUGCAAGCUUACAACCACCCAACGAACCGCCCGUUGCCGUGCACCAUGUCCCUUGCGAUAUCGUUCUUGUCAUCGACGUUUCUGGCAGCAUGUUUGAUGCCGCGCCGGUGCCUGGCGAGUCUGAAUCGGAGGCUAAUGGCCUAUCCAUUUUAGAUCUCGUCAAGCAUGCCGCGCUAACCAUCAUCGAAACCAUGGACGAACGUGACCGUCUGUCCAUUGUGACAUUCGCCAGCAGCGUUACAGUUUUGCAACCCUUGGAGUGCAUGACGGACGAGAACAAGAAGACCUCCCGCAACAAUAUCAAUAGCAUGGUGCCAAAGGAUGCCACGAAUCUCUGGCACGGGAUCUUGACCGGCCUGAAACAGUUCGAGGGUGUCAAUUCUGAUGGCAAAGUCCCAGCCAUCAUGGUGCUCACUGAUGGCAUGCCGAAUCACAUGUGCCCCCCUGCUGGCUACAUCCCGAAGCUUCGGACUAAGCUUCCGCUGCCGGCCACCAUCCAUACUUUCGGGUUUGGCUAUAGUCUACAGUCAGGUCUACUCAAGUCCAUCGCGGAGAUCGGAAACGGCAACUAUUCAUUUAUCCCCGAUGCUGGCAUGAUUGGCACCGUCUUUGUUCAUGCAGUUGCCAACCUGCAAAGUACAUAUGCCACAGAAGCCACCUUAAACCUCAGGUACGGUCCAGAUACGCAGAUCCGAGAGGCCAUGGGUACUUCGGUUCUCACUAGCCUACCGGAGCCAUUUGUCGAGCCAUCCCAGAGUGGUACGCAGCUGUGUCUUCCGUUGGGAAACAUACAAUAUGGCCAAUCACGCGAUGUAUUUCUGCACUUCCACAGCCCACAUGUCUCCCAACUUUGUGGCAUGAACCCAGGCCCUUUGCCCAUUGUCGAAGCUACGAUUGCAUACAAGCUGGUCCUUGGCAAUGCUAAGGGCAACUAUACAUCGACAACGGUCACGCACAACUUGAUGGAGAAGUCUUCUAUGCCAGAAGAAACAGUUGCAUACCACGAAUCAAGAGCACAGAUUUGUUCCUUUCUUUCUGGCCUCUUUCCUAUCGAGAAGCAGGGCGUACAUGCGGCGUCUGCUAUGGGAUCAGAUUUUGAACAGAUUACCGCAGAUCUUGAGGCGCUUAUAGAAAAACUGCCAUCUCGCAAGUUUUCUGACCCGCUCAACAAGUCCUUGAUGCAGGAUCUCGCCGGCGAGGAGCCGGAAGGCCAAAUUUCCAUUGCCUUGAGCAAAGAUAGCUUUUUCUGGAAAUGGGGACAGCAUUAUCUUCCAUCCUUUCUCAAUGCGCACACUCGACAGGUGUGCAAUUCGUUCAAGGACCCUGGACCACUUCAGUACGGUUGCAAUAGCUCGCUUUUCAUCACCUGUCGCGACAGGCUGGAUGAGGCGUUUGACAACCUGCCAGCCCCCGAGCCAUCCCGCCACAAAGAAAUUGCCAGAAGCCAUGGGGUCCGCGGCUUCGCUUUCCCCAUCAGUUCGGCCUCCACCUCUAUGGGUAGCUAUACCCCCAUUAGUACGGCCUCCGUAUCUAUGAGCAGCUAUCGAAACUCGCGUGGUGUGUGUUUUGCCGGCACUACGCUGGUGCAGCUUGCUUCUGGGCGUGACGUCGAGAUAAGGCGCCUGCGCCGUGGCAUGAAGCUUCAGACACCGCUGGGAUCUCGCAAGGUAACGGCUGUUCUGCGGACGCCUGUUAAGGACGAGACACUCUGCCGGGUUGGAAGUGUCCUGGUUACGCCGUGGCACCCCAUCUCCCUCGACGGCAAGACUUGGACAUUUCCGGCCGACGUUGCCGAGAAGGCGGUCCGAUUUACAGGCUCCGUUUAUUCCAUCAUGCUGCAGCGCGACAGGAAUCCCGAUGCGCACGCGCUUCGCCUGGACGGUCUCUGGGGCGUGACGCUGGGCCACGGGGUUACCAGCGGUGGUGACGUUCGCGCUCACGUCUUCUUUGGUGACUACAUGGAGGUAUGCAAGUCCCUUAAGAGCCUCGCCGUUGGCCCUCGAGGCGAGUUUAUCGGAGGUGGCGUCGGCCGAGACGCCCACAACGGCCUGGUGUGCUCCUUUACGAAGGAUGCAAGUCGAGGCAGGCCCUUGACGUGGUCGGAUAGUGUGCGAGGAAAGGACAUUCUCCGAUCUUGA